AAGGGUUGAUUGUGAACUCGGAAUUUUAACUUGCGCAUAUCUCUCUAUAUUGGAUAUACCUCUAUGGGCUCUUUCUCGAGGAGAAAGCCAGAGUCAUGAGCCGCUUCAAGUUCAUUGAUAUUGGGAUCAACUUAACUGACCCAAUGUUCAGAGGCAUCUACAGAGGAACUCAGAAACAUCAAGAUGACUUCCUAGAUGUAGUGGACAGGGCAACCAAAACUGGUGUUAAAAAGUUCAUGAUUACGGGUGGAAGUUUGCAAGACAGUAAAGAUGCUCUGAAGCUGGCAGAAACAAAUGAUAUGUUUUAUAGUACCGUUGGCUGCCACCCUACCCGCUGUGGAGAAUUUGAGCAGAAUAACCCAGACCAGUACUUACAGGAGUUACAGGAACUAGCUAAGAAAAACAAAGGAAAGGUCAUUGCCAUUGGGGAGUGUGGCUUGGAUUUUGACAGAUUAGAAUUCUGCCCUAAAGGCACCCAACUCAAAUAUUUUGAGAAGCAAUUUGAUUUGUCUGAGCAAACAAAAUUACCAAUGUUUCUACACUGUAGGAAUUCACAUACCGAAUUCAUAGAUAUUAUGAGGCGAAACAAGGAUAGAAGUGUGGGAGGAGUGGUCCACUCUUUCGAUGGCACCAAAGAAGAGGCGGCAGCUAUCAUAGAGUUGGAUCUUUAUAUAGGAAUAAAUGGCUGUUCACUGAAAACAGAAGCCAAUUUAGAAACAGUGAAGUCAAUUCCAAGUGAAAGAUUAAUGAUAGAAACAGAUGCUCCCUGGUGUGGAGUGAAAAACACCCAUGCUGGAUCGAAAUAUGUAAAAACUAUUUUUCCUACCAAAAAAAAGUGGGAAUCAGGUCACUGCUUGAAGGACAGGAACGAACCUUGCCACAUCAUCCAAAUACUGGAAGUACUAGCAGCAGUACGUGAAGAAGAUCCAUUAGAACUGGCCAACACUAUGUACAACAACAGUAUUAAGGUCUUCUUUCCGGAUAUGUAAAACAGUUUAUGUAUUAUUAUGUAUCCAAUGAAUUUUGUUCAUUAAACAAAAAAGAUGGAA